AUGUAUUACUGUCGAUUGUAUGAGAUUCUUUUAUUUUUCUUUUCUCUGGUGCUAAUGAUGACGAAUAUUAAUAGUACGACAUUAUCUGUAGAAAAUCAAUCGUCAAGUAUUCAUCUUAGAGCUCCUAGUUUUAGUGGUAUUUAUCAUACUAAUCUAUUAUCUCAUUCUCCAUCUCAAAUUCUGAAUAAAAAUGAAAAUGAAAUGAAAUUAAUUUCUAAACAAAAUCAAUUAAAUCCAUGUAAUAAUGGUUCAUAUAUAAAAACAAAUGGAACAACAUGUGGUCUUAAAGAAAUUAUGAUUGGUCGUUGUAAUGAAUAUCAAUAUAUAAAACGUGGCCUUUAUCUAUCAAAUACCACUGAAAUUAAAAAUUGUACAAAACUUUAUGAAUUAUUUGAAUCUGCUGCUCGUUAUAAAUCAUAUUGUAAUACGAAUAUGAGUACAUAUGAAAGUUAUUUUCAAUAUGCUCUUGAUGGUGUACAUGUAAUUAAUCGAGCCUUGUUUUGGAGUGGUACUUAUGGUUUAGCUCAUGCUUAUAGUAAUCGUGGUAUUAAUUAUAUUACAUUAGAAGAUACAUUAGCCGCAGCUAUGGCUGAUGGUUUAUUAUGGUGUGGAAAAGAAAAUGAUACUGAAGGUUUUGAUUACGUAAGUUGUCCAAGAAAUUGUAAAGAUAAUAUUUGGGCUGAUGAUGCUUUUUGGGGACUUGCGUCAAGAACGUAUGCUCAAAAAGUAGCUGGUGAAAUUUAUCUUGUUUUAAAUGGAAGUCGAACUGAUGGUCAUCCAUCAUUUCGUAAUGGUUCAUAUUUUACAACAUAUGAAUUACCUAAUCUUCAAAAAACAGGUCAAUAUCGAGUUACGAAAAUGAUUGUUUUACUUAUGCAUGCACCUGAUCAAAAAGUUAUUGAAAAAUGUGGUGAAAAAAGUUUACGUAGUUUAGAAACUAUUAUUCGAGGUUAUAAUAUUGAUUAUGCAUGUAAAGAUGAUCCAGAAGAAUUAAUUUUAAUUAUGUGUAGUGAUCAAUGGGAAGCACGAGAGUGUCAAAUAGCACGUAAAGUUUUAAGACAACAAUGGAAUAUAAAAGUAUAUGGAAAAUCAAAUACUAUUUAUCAUUCUAUAUCAUUUUUAUUUUUAUUUUCCAUUAUAAUAAAUUAUUUUCUUUAA